AGAUUCUAAAGUGCAAAUCCGGUGGCUGAUGGUGCCAUUCCAGGUGCCGAUAUCAAAAUCUAAGAACGGGUGGCAGCAAAGACACCUGCCUUCUGCUGCUGCUGCUGUUGCAAUUGCUAUUGCGGAUAGCAGUUUUCCUCUUCCUGAACGGGUCCAAUUCCUUUGUGGACUUCACCGAUCAGGCCUGCAUUGUUCUGGUUUGGUGCCAAGAUGGUGGCUCAGGGUUUCACAGUUGAUUUAAACAAACCUCUUGUCUUCCAGUGUCGGUGUAACAAGUGAAGGGUGCAGGUGUAAUAUCCGUGUCAAACAUGGUCAAAAUAAAUUGAUACUUGGCUUUUGGGUUGGCUGCUUGGUAGCUCUGAAUUCGAUCAGGUGUGAGAUGAAUGGGAAGAAGAUCGGAACUUGCAGGAGAGGGAGAUGAGAGGAUAUGGUGGUUUUGUUUCAGAGAUUCACUGAAAUCAAAGCGUAUUAAAGAAAGGGAAAGGGUAGGUCAUCUUGGAGAAUCUUAUCAGGAGUGGGUUCACCAGCCUAUAGUUAGCAAGGAAGGUCCCCGAUUUUUUGGAAGUGACUUUUGGGAGUUUUUAACCCGCACAGAAUGGUGGGUAAUCCCCCUUGUUUGGCUCCCAGUUGUAUGUUGGUUUGUUUCAAAGUCAAUUGUGAUGGGUCAUACACUUCCUCAAAUAGCUCUGACGGUGGUAACUGGAAUCGGUGUAUGGACUUUGCUAGAAUACACUCUACAUCGUUUCCUUUUCCACAUCAAGACAAAAAGUUAUUGGGGAAAUACCAUGCAUUAUCUUCUUCAUGGUUGCCAUCAUAAGCACCCCAUGGAUGGUCUGCGCCUUGUCUUCCCUCCUGCUGCAACUGCUGUGCUGUGCUUCCCUUUCUACAACUUUUUUAAACUCAUUUCUACUCCUUCUACUGCUCCUGCUUUGUUUGGAGGUGGUUUACUGGGUUAUGUGAUGUAUGAUGUAACCCAUUAUUACUUGCACCAUGGGCAGCCUACAAGUGAAGUGCCAAAAAACCUCAAGAAAUAUCAUUUGAAUCAUCACUUUCGUAUCCAAAAUAAAGGCUUUGGUAUCACUUCCUCAUUAUGGGAUAAGGUCUUUGGAACAGUACCAACCUCAAUGCCAGCUGAGAAGAGCAGAUAGUUUGAUGUGUAAUAACUUAGUAUUCGGCCGCGAUCAUUCGAAGCACAUAGCAGAUUUUAAGGUCUAUGUCGUUCUCCAAAUAUUCUUUCUUAUGCUAUUAUUCUUUCUAAGAAAAGUAGCAG